AUGUCGGACAUCGAUCAAGAAUGGAAGCCCAAGAACCGUCCACAGUCGACCAUGGCACAAGCCUUCUCAUCCGCGCUGGAUAGCGCCUUUUCGCUUGAUUCCGAUGUCAAUCACCUUUCACAGACCAUCGAUCAAAAGAGACACCAAAUGAUGAUUCAGGAGCGAGAAUUAGAACAGCUUCAGGCUAGGAUCCGGGAAGCUGAGGAACGCCUCAAAGCCCGACAGUCUUUGGUCCUCGACGGCAACAACACAAGGUCUCCUUCGGCGCAACGAGGGGACCGGUUCUACCAGUCAGCAUCCACCUCAGCAUCGACAUCCCCCACGGAAUCCGCAGGCCAAUACUCCAGCGGCGACGAACAACAGCGUGGUCAGGGCCGCAACUCAUGA